GCUUACUAACGCAUUUUGUGAUUAUUUUUUUAUUUUUCUUAGGAAAAAUAUUUAAAAUGGCGUACAGCUAUAUUUUAUUUGCAUUUCUUCAGGUGUUGUGUUUACAGCAUGUCUACUCCCAAGCCAUCUUCCCAAACACCUGCGGCUGCCCAUCUCAGGUCUCUGUGACCAAAACUAGUAUCCAGAACCCCGUAAUCGUCAACCCACCGUGCCAACAAGUGGUCGCACCGUGCCAGCAAGUCAUCGCACCUUGCCAGCCUGUGUGCCAGUGCCAGUCCGUGUGUCAGGCUAGCUAUCCAGCGGUUAAUGUUGCCACGCCUUUUGAUGUCAACUGCGUAGCUUCGUAUGGUAUACCAUCCGCGACUAUUAUUCAGGAUGACUCCGUAGCCAAUAACUUAGCCAACGCCCUCCAGCUCCUGAUCGUUAGCAACCUCCUAGGUAACACUCUACCUCCUAACGAUCUGCUGCUGGGCGCGCCCUUGCUUGGGCAACCGGCGUUACUUGGGCAACCGGCGCUGCUGGGGCAACCAGCGUUGCUUAGGCAACCAGUUGUGCCAGGGUUACUGGGCUGCGGAUGCGGCUUAGGUUGUGGUUGUGGUGAUUGCUGUAUUUUUUAAGUUUUUUUGUAUUAC